AUGGCAAAUCCUCUUUCUCCCCUCUCGUCGUCCUUUCAGAAUGCGCGAUCUCGGUCUCCCAAGAUCGGCUCGUCGCCGUUCCUCACCAAAACAAUUGAUGAACAAGCCGAGUCAGAAUUUCGCGUCCCGUCAAGUCCACUGAAGAAAGCCUGGACAGAAUAUGAAUCACCAGGCCCUAAUGCCUGCGAGUCAAAUGAGAACUACCUCCCUAACGACAACGACGAGAUUGAUGCACCCAACGAUAAUGACGAUUUUCAAGAUGCCGAUAGCUCGCCAUUCCGUGAGAAUGCGCGGGAAGACACCGUCGAUUUCCAAAAAUUGCAAGAAUAUCAACAGCGCACACCCUCCCAACCGCGACACCACUUUGUGGUGGGACCUGUAGAUGACCCCAUGAGUUCUCCCUUCCGACCCGAGGGUAAAGACGAAACGGUGGAUCUUCAUAGGCUGCGCGAGGUACAACCGAUGUCGCCUGGCUUGAGUAGGCGUCUGGCCAUAGAAAACCCAGAAAGCUCUCCUUUCCGACCAGAAGGAAAGGAUGAAACGGUGGAUUUCGAUCGGUUGCGUGAGCUGCGAGCUGAAUCGCCCGUUUUUGAUCAGCAGCCUCCGGAGCGCGAAAGCUCGCCACUUGAAUUCGAUCCCAGAGAAAAUUCCAUUGAGUCUCAUGAUAUGCGAGAAUGGAAAGCCAAACGAGAGUCUACGGGCAAAUCUCAGCCCACUCAUCCUGAGGCUCAUAGUUCACCUUUCCGGCCCGAUGCCAGAGAGGACAGUCUCGAUAUGCGAAAAUUGCGCCCGACACCCCGUCUAUCACCGGGAAUGGAGAGCAAUCACUCCCUUGCUGCCACGCCUCGGAAACGCUCGUUCGACCAAACUCCACAGGAUCAUGGGGAGGACGCGCAGACUAAUGAACGGGCGAAAAAGGGCAUGCUCAGCCGAGCUGAAGGCCCCGAGAUUCACAUCGAUCUUGACGAAGAAUCCAGCGUCAUCCACGACCAAAGUUUGCUUUCAACUGCGAGUGCUACUCAAGACCGAUCGACAAUCGCAAACAGUAUGAUUGAAGACAAGCACAAUGAGGGCAUGAGUACAGUUCUUCACGACAAUGAUGAUAUGAUGGACAAAGAAAAUGAUGACCAUGAUGCCGGAGAUGCCAUUUUGAGUGGAGAUGAUCACGAUCCAAUGGAUGAUACUGGUCUGAGCAACUUCUCUGUCCUGCCAGACAUGACCUCUUUUGCGAAACUGCGUGCCGACUCGCCUUUGAAGUCAAUGCGUGGCAGUGUCGGCCCCAAUAAAGGUCCUACCGCCGACAUGUACCGUCAUAGUAUGGAACCAGCGACUCCAGGUACUGCGCGCAGAUCGCAUCGAGCUAGUACGCUGCUCGAUGUCGAUUCACAGGUUGGAUCACCUACUCCCAGACGACGAGUUUCUCGAGACGUGGGUAACCCGGAAAGAACUCCUAACUUGCUGGAUUUCUCUGAUCAGAUGAACUUCUACCCCCGUCAGUCCAUGCAACAGAAUUCCCAGUACUCUCCACGGCGGUCUCCAAUGAGAAAUAUGCGGCAAUCCAUGCGAUCGCCAUCUAAAUUGUCUCUCUUGGAUUUCGAUAUUCCACCUGCGCCAACCCCCCGUUCCAUUCCCACUGUCACACCUCGUGAAUUGGAGUCGCUCAAAUCUGGUUUUAUGUCAGAGAUAUCUUCGCUGAAGGCUACUCUCAGUGGCAAAGAGGCGGAAGUCGCCUGCUUAAAGACAGCAGUUGGAGACGCAGAGAGACGAGUUGGAGAAGCCUUGGAAGAAAUUCGCAACGAGGUUGCCCGGAGAGAGACAUUGGAAAUUGAGCAGGCUGAAUGGGACCGCCGAGGCAAGGAUAUGGAAAGAGUCCUGCAGUCCGUCCGCAGUGAGUUGGAAGAGGGCGAGCGUGAGCGAGAUCGGCUUUCUAGGAAAGCUGAAGAUGCAGAGAAGAGCAAGGAGCAACUCGAAAGCAGGAUUGUAGAGCUCGAGACACAGUUGUCCACAGCACGUUCUUCCACUUCGGAACCUGCAGCCCAAGGGUCGCGACGGCCCUCGCAAUCGGCAGAAGACACCGCACGGGAAGUGCAGGAUGCCGUUGAAAAGGUUGCCCGUGAGCUUCACACUCUAUACAAGGGCAAACAUGAGACCAAGGUUGCGGCGUUGAAGAAGAGCUAUGAAUCUCGGUGGGAAAAGCGCCUUCGUGAGUCAGACAACAAGCUCACUGCCGCCCGCGAGGAAAAUGAACGGCUCAAGGCUGAGCGUGAUGCUGCCGACUCCGACUCCAUGGCGGCUGCCAAUGCCAGCAUGGUCGCCCGUGAAAAUGACGAACAUGAAGCUCAAAAGCGCGUCUUUGAGGCACAGAUCCAGGGUCUACAACAUGAAAUGGCGGCAUUGAGGGAAGACAGUGAGAGACUGCGCUCUGAGCUCAAGAUUGAGCGUGCUGAAAAGGGAGAGCUUGUCGCCGCUGUUGAUGAGUGGUUGAACAUCCAAGCCACCCAGCCUGCUCCAGCUCAGCAACAGGAACGGGAACGGGAGCCUUCUGUCUCUUCUGCUGGUGUUCCUGAGGAGGACUACCGGUCAGCUAGUGAACCUCCUACCGAAAACCUUCGUGGAAGUGUGAGCCGUUCUGGGUCCAGUGGCAUUCGCCCUCCUUCUACGACUGAAAAGAAAGGUCCACGUUUCGGAGCCCCGGGUGGUCAUUCUCGUGGCAAUAGCGGAGGCAAAUCCGGCAUUGCUGUGUUCACUCCCGGCCGAGGUGGAAUCAUGAGCUCCAUUGAGCGGAUGGGACGUGGAGGUGUUUAG